GAAAACUACUGAUUUCAAAUCCUCGAUUAAAACAUUAUUUUAAUAAUUAGACUGCUCUCAUCACCAAAAAAUGUGGGUUAUGCAAUAUAAUACAGUUUUGUUGAUAAAAAAAAUCUUCUAUAUACAUGUUAUUGUGGCUAUGCAAUAAUCAGGCCUCUACCAGUCAAUUGCUGUUGCUUUACAAUCAUCCAUUUUUUGUGUCUACUUAGUCGUACAACAGCCAUUAUCAAAAAUUGAUGAUUUGAGAAAAGCAUUAGUUACUGAGGCUGGAAUGUUUCUCAAUAGUUUAUCCUUUAUUCUAUAUUCAGUUAACUAGUAAUUUUAAUUUAAUCAAGAAACAUUAUUUUACUUAGGAUGGAUAAAUAUUGGAACCUAUACUAUUAUAGUGAGUUCAAAUCUAUUGAUAGAUGGUUUUGCUUAAUUUAAAAUUGUUUAUGCAAAAAUCAAGAAGGCCUUCAAUAAUUUUAUUUAAUCAUAGCUUCCCUAAUAAUCAAGAAUUUAACCUAUUUUCAUUUGA